AUGACAUUUGUGAACGACAAAUGGAAAAUGCUUUUGCACGUGUUUCGCCACAAGCUUUUGAUUCCGAUAUUAAUCAUAGCUUUCUACGUGUUGCCCACCAAAAGUGGACUUCAUCGAAAUAGUAUAAUAGCAUCAGUGAUCUCUGCUGAAAAUUCUUUGAAUAAUUCGCAAACUCGCAAAGGAAGAUUUUUAUUUGAUGACAUAUUUGGUAUCGAUGUUAUCCCUGAUUUUGGGUCAGAUGAAGAAAAAUUAAGAAAUUGCACUUGCGAGUGUGGCUUAUCUAAUCAAGAAAAUCGAAUUGUCGGUGGACAACCUACAAUACCGAAUAGAUAUCCCUGGGUUGCGAGGUUGGUAUAUGACGGUCGUUUCCACUGUGGUGCUAGUCUACUUAACAACGAUUUUGUAAUUACCGCUGCCCAUUGCGUACGGAGAUUGAAGCGAUCGAAAAUUCGCGUGAUACUUGGUGAUCAUGAUCAAUACGUAAACACUGAUGGAGUUCCCAUUAUGAGAGCAGUUAGUGUUGUAAUACGUCAUAAGAAUUUCGAUAUGAAUUCCUACAAUCAUGACGUGGCCUUAUUAAAAUUACGUAAAUCCGUGAAAUUUUCAAAAAAAGUUCGACCAAUUUGUUUACCUCAACCAGGAUAUGAUCCUGCUGGAAAAGAGGGAACAGUAGUGGGAUGGGGUAGAACAUCAGAAGGAGGAAUGUUGCCUGGAAAAGUGCAUGAAGUACAAGUACCUAUAUAUAGUUUAAUGCAAUGUCGAAAAAUGAAAUAUCGAGCAAAUCGAAUUACCGACAAUAUGAUUUGCGCUGGCCGAGGUAACCAGGAUUCUUGUCAAGGUGAUAGUGGCGGUCCUCUUCUUGUUCAGGAAGGUGAUAAGCUUGAAAUAGCAGGUAUAGUGAGUUGGGGUGUGGGCUGUGGUAGACCUGGAUAUCCCGGAGUGUAUACGAGAGUAACGCGAUAUCUCUCUUGGAUCCACUCAAACAUGAAGGAAGGCUGUUUAUGCAUCCAAAUUUGUAAAGUGAAUAUUAAAAGUGUGCAAUUGUCGGUGCAAGUUAUAUUGACUCACAUGAAGAGUUCAAUCAGGUCGCAGAACAUGAAAUUUCUGUGCUAUCUAGGUUUACUAUUCAUUCUGCUUUUGACGAUAGAAAAAUGCCAGGCCGGAGUGUUAAGCGACAAAGUGAAAAAUUUCUUUGGAAUUUUUGGUAAUAAGCCACCUCAAACUAAUAAUACACCUUCUCCUUGCUAUUGUAGUUGUGGACUACGAAAUGAAGAAAGUCGUAUAGUCGGCGGUCAAACAACGAGUAUGAAUGAAUUUCCAUGGAUAGUUAGAUUAUCGUACCUAAAUAAGUUUUACUGCGGCGGUACACUAAUAAAUGAUCGCUACGUCCUUUCAGCUGCGCAUUGCGUGAAGGGUCUUAUUUUCAGAUUCAUGUGGUUCAUGAUCAAAGUCACUUUCGGAGAACAUGACAGAUGUCUCGAAAAGCCAACAGAAACCAGAUACGUCGUACGUAUUUUGACUGGUGACUUUAGUUUUCUGAAUUUCGAUAAUGACAUCGCACUACUUCGCCUUAAUGAGAGAGUACCAUUAAGUGACACAAUACGGCCGAUAUGCCUGCCGUCAUUGUUGGAUAAAGACUACGUAGGAGUAAAUGCAAUCGCGUCAGGUUGGGGCACAUUGAAAGAAGAUGGCAAACCGUCCUGUCUUCUCCAAGAAGUCGAAGUUCCAGUCAUGAGUCUUCAGACUUGUCGCAAUACAAGCUAUAGUCCUCGAAUGAUCUCAGACAAUAUGCUAUGCGCGGGUUAUCUAGAAGGACAGAAGGACUCAUGUCAGGGAGACAGCGGUGGACCCCUUGUAGCGGAACGCGAAGACAAGAAAUAUGAACUCAUCGGCGUUGUAUCGUGGGGUAAUGGAUGUGCACGACCUGGAUAUCCAGGUGUAUAUACUAGAGUCACACGAUACAUGGAUUGGAUUUUGAAAAAUUCAAUAGAUGGCUGUUUCUGUGAGCACAAUUGAAUGUGAUUACUCAUUGCUUCUUAACAGAUACGAUGAAAAGCGAAGAAAAGGAUUUUUGCAUACUAUAUUGUACGUUCUUUAAACUUGUGCUAUAUUCUCAGGACGAAAAUGAUAUCUCGUUGAUAGUAUUUUUUAUGCAUAAUUUAUAUACCUGACAAUUUUGAAUAUAAUGUGUCAGACUUGAAACUGACAAACUUAAAAUACUCUGAACAUUCGUGUAAUAUUAUUUUUUUAUUUUCUCUCCAUUCGAUUUGUUGUCAUAUUCUGUCACAACUAGUAUUUAUUAAGCGAUAUAGUCAAUCAAUGUAUUAUUGAGAGAAAUCUUAUUCUUAUCAAUGUUAAUUAUGAAAUGUCAAUAUUAAUUAUAUUGCCAAAAAAGUUU